ACACUCUCAGGAUCUGUUGGAUCAACCUAGUUGUGAGAAGCAAACAUGAGGAUUCUUUCAGGAAUUGUCUCGUUGGUGACUGUCGCACAGCUCAGCCACGCAACAGCUAUAGUCGCACCUCGCGAUGACGCCCACCUCGACUACGCAGCAGUCGCCAUAGCCGCCUCUGAACUCCUCAACCGCGGCCUCCCAGACUCUCCUACCAACGGCUACGCCCCCGGCAAUGUCAGCUGCCCCGCCACCCGCCCGACCAUUCGCAACGCCGCCUCGCUGUCGAAGAACGAGACGGAAUGGCUGCCCGUGCGCCGCAACAACACCAUCGAUCCGAUGAAGGACCUGCUUUCGCGCGCGAACAUUGCAGGGUUUGAUGCAGCGGCGUAUAUCGAGAAGCACCGCAACAAUGCGACCGCGCUGCCCAACAUUGGGAUUGCGAUGUCUGGGGGAGGAUACAGAGCGCUGAUGAACGGAGCGGGAUUCCUGGCGGCGGCGGAUAGCCGCACGGUAAAUGCCACCGGUAAGGGAGGGAUUGGUGGGCUGCUGCAGUCAGCCACGUAUCUUUCGGGCCUGUCGGGUGGAAGCUGGCUGGUUGGGUCGAUAUACGCGAAUAACUUCAGCUCGGUGACGGCGCUCCGAGAUGGGAGUUCCGGGUCAUCCGUGUGGCAGUUUGGGAACUCGAUUUUUCAGGGCCCGAAGGAGAAUGGGAUCUCCAUUCUCAAUACCGCCGAGUACUACAAGAACAUCAUGAGCCAGGUCGAUUCGAAGAAGAAUGCUGGAUAUGAGGUGUCUAUCACCGAUUACUGGGGCCGAGCGCUGAGCUACCAACUCAUCAAUGCUACUGAUGGAGGGCCAGCCUACACUUUCUCGUCCAUUGCGCUACAGGACAAUUUCAAGAAUGGAGAAACCCCCUUCCCCGUCAUUGUCGCCGACGGCCGCUCGCCAGGCGACAUAAUCAUCUCCAUCAACGCAACAGUCUACGAGUUUAACCCCUUCGAGAUGGGCUCCUGGGACCCCACAACCUUCGGCUUCGCACCAACCCGCUACCUCGGCUCCAAAUUCGACGGCGGCGUGGUCCCCACCUCCGCCUCGUGCGUGCGCGGCUUCGACAACGCCGGCUACGUCUUCGGCACCUCCUCCACGCUCUUCAACCAGUUCAUCCUCAACCUCAACGGGACUUCCUCAAGCCUACUCACCGAGGCCCUCGCCUCCAUCCUCAAGAGUAUCGGCCAGGACAACAACGAUAUCGCCCAGUACUCCCCUAACCCCUUCUUUCACUACAACCCCGCCACGAACCGCGAUGCGGACAUCACGCAACUCUCCCUCGUCGAUGGCGGCGAGGAUCUCCAGAAUAUCCCGCUGCACCCGCUCAUCCAGCCCGUGCGCCACGUGGACGUCAUUUUCGCUGUCGACGGGAGCGCUGACACUAAGUUCUUCUGGCCCAACGGCACCGCCCUCGUCGCCACGUACGAGCGCUCCCUCAACACCACCAUUGGCAACGGGACGUCAUUCCCCGCUAUCCCAGAUGUGAACACCUUCGUCAACCUCGGCCUCAACUCGCGCCCAACCUUCUUCGGGUGCGAUCCCAAGAACACCACCUCCCUCACCCCACUAGUCGUCUACGUCCCGCACGCGCCGUACAUCGCGCACUCUAAUGUCUCAACCUUCGACCCCGCCUACGACGAUGCGCAGCGCAAUCUGAUUAUCCAGAACGGCUAUGACGUCGCGACGAUGGGCAACGGGACCGUGGAUGCCGAGUGGGUGACUUGUCUUGGCUGCGCGGUGCUGAGUCGUAGCUGGGAUAGGACUCAGACGGCGGUGCCGGAGGCGUGUACGAAGUGCUUUCAGAGGUAUUGUUGGGAUGGGAGUCUGAAUUCGACGGUGCCGGCGAAUUAUGACCCGGCGUUUAAGAUUGCGGGGGUGGUGGUGAAGGAGUCAGGGGGUGGGAAGGUUGGGCCGCGGAAGGUGGUGGCAGUGGUGGUGGGUGUUGUUCUUGGUGGGUUGAUGAUGGUUUAGGUGGGUUUUGUGUCUUCGUGGUUAUGGUAGACAAGCAAUUGGAUGAUGAGGGUUAUUAUGUGUGGAAUGUCUGAAGAUUUACUAGGUAACGUCUUUCACAAGCGAGUCGGGACACACAAGCGGGUCGGACACUGAAUUUCUCACCCAUAAUCAAGAAAUUUAGAAGAUAAUAACUCGAUAACAACUUAGUAGUAUAUUUUAAAAGUGUGUAUUCAGCUUUAUCUAUACACUAAAGAUUCAUUUACAUGCAGUUUUAGAGCAAUUAGAACCAUAGAUAUUGAGGUAUGACGGCCUGGUGUAAAUUUCAGCGCCUACAUUAGCGCUUACACUUAAUAUCUCAAGAAUUAAUGCAUAGAUUAUUCCUAGAUAAUUAGGUAGGAAUUCAACGAAG